UCCACGCGGGAGUCGAUGUGACGUCAGACAGACAGGCGUGUUAAAAGCAGAAAGCGCAUCAGGAGUGGCAUGGUCUGUUUGCGGAUGAUAGAUCACUACAUCACACCCGCUCUGGACUGCAAAUUAUGCGUUUCACGGCGUCAGACUGACUGGACGGUAGACAAAACAUAUUCAAGCAUUCAGUGCGUCACCAACCGACAUGGACACUUGAGCCAUCCAAAAAGCCUCCCACGGACCGGGAAGAAUGAACAUUGCUCUACAUCUGAUGUUUCUUUAAUACCUCUAUAGAAGAGCCGAAUAAAUCAUUGCAAGUCUUGGGUGCUACCACUUUACCAGCGGUGGAAAACAGUGCGUCUCGGUAUUGGUUUGAUUCGGUAGGAGUUACUUUUACGCACAGACCUAGGACACGCGUAACUUCUCCAGACCGCCGAAUUGCAAACUGACCUUAGAUCAUCGUCUACGGUCAGCUUGAUCCUCAUGCACGGAUAGGUGACAGUUGUGUAUUCUGCUCGUACUUGAUCCGUUGAUGUUUGACGACUUUUACUGAUGUUUGAUAUCAUGGCAUAUCCGCAGCUAGGAUAUCCCUACUCACCUACGCACCAGUUCCUCAUGAGCCCGAGCUCUCUGGCCAACUGUCUGGAGCCUGCUGGAAGGUCUUUACUGGAUUCCAUGACACCUCCCUCUCCUCAGCCUUUACGAUGCCCGGUGUACGAGAGCAGGCUUCUUGGCUCCCCAGGCCAGGAGCUACCAACUCCGGCUAUAGGUCUGGGAGUGUACGGAGCUGCCUAUGGAAAGAGCCAGGGAUAUUAUGGCACUUGCGGAGGAGACGCAACAGCUCUAUAUGCCAGGGGAUCACUGGAGUCAAAAGAUGGAGCGUCUGCGCCCGUGGGUUCCUCUCAAACUCCGGCUUACUAUCCAUAUGAUUACGCGUUUGGGCAGUAUCCAUAUGACCGAUACGGGUAUGGGUCCUCAGUGGACAGUGCAGCGGCCCGCAGGAAGAACGCCACCAGGGAGACCACCAGCACUCUGAAGGCCUGGCUGCAGGAGCACCAGAAGAACCCGUACCCCACCAAGGGAGAGAAGAUCAUGCUAGCCAUAAUCACUAAGAUGACUCUUACACAGGUGUCCACAUGGUUUGCGAACGCCAGGCGGAGGCUGAAGAAGGAGAACAAAGUCACGUGGUCACCACGGGCCAAUAAGAGCUCUGACGAGAGGGGCUGCGAUGAGGAUAGCGACGGCGCUGAGGGAUCUCAAGAAGAGGAUCCAAUCAAAAGUGAGAUAGAUGUGGACGAUUCUGUGACAGGGAGAUGUGCGGACCAGCAGCAGAGCGACCUGGAGGACUUUGAUCUGUUGGAGUCGGAGGGUUCUGACGGCGAUCCUAAACACCGGUUUCACCCCGAGGACACCCAAGCGCACACGCCGUCGGACCGCCAUCACAACCCCAAGGACCCAUCCAGCAGCCCCCCAACGCAUAACACGGAUGUACCCCAACACGGGGUGGAGGGGGGGCUACUUUCAGCAGACUGCCUCAAACACACACCGGACCACGGGCGAACAGUCCACUCAUUUUACGCCCAACAAGACCUGCUGAAUACAGACGGCCGCAAACCAAAAAUCUGGUCCAUUGCACAGACUGCUGCCAUCCAAUCUGAGUUCCCGCCAUGUAUGCACACAGUUAGCCCCGGUGAGGCCCUGUCCCCAGGAGGGUAUUCGACCGACGUGCCCCAUCUGAAGGUUGGGUCGGCAGGGCAACAAGUCUCGCCGAUGGCCACGCUUAGAGAGUGGGUGGAUGGGGUCUUCCAUGAUCCAGUGUUCAGACAGGGUUCUUUUGACCCGCAGUUGCCCAGGCCGGACACGGACCGGCCGUGGAUUGGGCUGAAUGGACAGGCAAUGGAAGGCAGAACUCUGGGACUACGUUCCGUCGAGCAUGUUAUCUCGUCUUUGCAGCAUGUAUAGAAUAUUUUACUGAGACCGCCAUAUCCUGUCACCAUUUGAAUUUACUCAGCUGAGCAUAAGAGUACUUGAACUCUUUAUGAUACAGUCUCCCAUGACUUUGUGUUUUUAGAAAAACACCUCAAGGUCAGUAACUUGAAGUUCUACUGACAAUGUUCUAAACAAAUAUGUUUUUCUUAAAUAUGAAUAUCUCACUAUUUUAACUUGCAAAUGAAAAGCAGGAAUUCAAUUCGUUUGGAAACUAUGAGAAAAGAAACGUAAAUUAAAAUGUUCCCCCACAUUCAGCAUAUUGCAACAGGGCUGGAUGGUUUAAUCACUAAGACACACCCGAAACAAACGUUGCUUCAUAAUGUAAGACACCCAUCUGAUCUUUUGAUAUAAAUGUGGGUAUAAAUCUACAGCACUGUAUCCGUUCUGGCAAUAGCUGACACUGGCCUGCCCACUUUUUCCAGACAUUGGACUGUAACCGGCAGCAUGAAAGCACAUUCUUUCCUCCUGAACGUCCAUAUGUUUUGCUUAUUACCGCACCUGAUAGGCUUAUUGCACACUUGUAUACAUGUUCUUGCACUAAAGUCCGAUUGCAGUUGUUGAC